AUGCUACUAGAAAAGACAUGGUACACUUUCGUGUUAGCCGUGUCUGUCUUCGGCGCCGUAAAAUCAGCAGGAAUUUGUGGCAAUGCACCGGCUAGAAGUCAUUGGUCAGAUUGUAACAAAUAUGUCGAGUGUGGAGAAAAGCUCUCUGUAGUGUUCCAAUGCCCGGAGCGAAGUUUUUUCAAUCCCACAACACUAGUUUGUGAUUUUGCAAUGUUCCAUGAGUGUGUUGUAGAAUCUUCGACAGAUCGGGACCUAUACUCAUCCUGGAAUAUGAUGGAAGCUGCCGCGGGAGUAUUAACUACCAGCACCAUUUGCAAUGAUGAACGUUUAGGAACGAAAAUACGACAUCCUGAUCAUUGCAAUAUGUUCUAUCAUUGUUCUCCUUCUGGUCCGGUAUUAUUUACCUGUCCGGGAAACACUCUGUUCAACACCGAUAGUAACGUGUGCGAGUGGCCUGAAAACGUCGAUUGUACUAGUGGUGGCGGUGGCGGCGGUGGUGGUGGUGGUGGUGGUGGUGAUGACGGCGAUUGUCCGGCGAAUUGCAUUCCAGAUAAACGUUGUCCGCUUGAGUGCGAAAUUGAAGUAGGAAUCAAAUUACCCCAUCCCAGUAAAUGCGAUGCAUUCCUUCAAUGUAAUGAAGGAUGCGCUUGUUUCACUAAUUGUCCGCAAGAUCUUUGGUGGAGUACAGCACUUGGACGAUGUGUGGAGCGAUACCGAUCUGAUUGCGUAGAACUAGAACGUCCUGAGUGUCCCGUUUGCGUACCGGAUGAGCGCUGCCCAUUGGAUGAUGAUCCGAAUAAUCCGAUCCGAUUUCCCCACCCUGACCGGUGCGAUGCUUACAAAGAGUGCGUCGAGGGACAUAUUUGUAUCGUUGAAUGUCCGGAAGGGCUCGAGUUUAAUCCCGAAACACAAGUGUGCGAUAUUGAGUGGGGAUGCGUGAUCACUGUAACGCCUCCUUCGAUUCCAACUGAUCCAACAAUUGAACCAUCUACCCCAGCCCCACCAACACCAGCACCACCAACCCCCGCUCCACCAACACCAGCACCACCAACCCCCGCUCCACCAACACCAGCACCACCAACCCCCGCUCCACCAACACCAGCACCACCAACCCCCGCUCCACCAACACCUGCACCUCCUACUCCUGCCCCACCUACUCCUGCACCACCAACUCCCGCCCCGCCAACUCCUGCACCUCCUACCCCUGCCCCACCAACUCCUGCACCACCAACACCUGCCCCACCAACCCCCGCUCCACCAACUACACCAGAUCCAGGUUGUCCCAUAUGCCCACCGGGGGUCUGCAAACCCGAUGACCGAUGUCCCAUCAGCUGUAAUGAAUGCGACCCCGUAUUACUACCGCAUCCAGAUAAUUGCGAAAUGUUCCUCAAAUGUACACAUGGAUUUGCUUGUGAAAUGCACUGCCCGGCGGGACUUCACUGGAGCGUACUACUCAACCGUUGCGAAUGGGCCAGUUGCGCUGGCUGCGAUCCAACAAUUCCACCGGGAUGCGAAUGUGGCAUUUGUCCAUGA